AUGGCGUCUAAUCACGUGCCGAGUGACCAAGUGCCCAUGCAAGGCCAAAACGUCUAUUCCGACCCCUCAUAUCAGCAUCUCUUUCCUCCUGUCGACCGCUACGGCACCCCUACAUGGGAGUCUCAGCUGCACCAACACACGGCGCUGCCACCUAAUGCGUCAGCCCAGAGCUGGCACCAUGGAUCAUUCACACAACAACCCUACACUGGUAGUAGCCAACCUUACGGUGGCCAAACACAUGGCCUUCGCACUGCUUCGCCGUAUCAGUAUGGGCAGUUUGGCCAGCAGAGUACCUUGGGUGGUUAUGGUCAGCAGUCCAACGUCGACCCAUCGCUAGGCAUGGAUCCCAAUGCCAUUCGCCAGCAACAGCAGUCGCCAUAUCAAAUGCCUAUGCGGACCCAAACUCCUCAAGGUCAUGCCAGUACUGUGACACCGCAGGCUCUGCAGCACAGCAUGCCUCCUCUUCAACAAGCCCGCCCUACGGCAUCUCCUUACCAGGCACCGCAGAGCACAACGAAUGCUUUUGUCCAGCAGCGCGCUGCACCCGUCUCUUUUGUGAAACCAGUGCCUGUGCCUGAGUAUGAAAUACCAAAGGGCAGAAAGUCGGGGGGUCUAUACGUUCUUGACCAGGCUGCACUAGCAAAGGCCACUAAUUCUACUCCACUGAAUAAAUUCGUGACCUUGGGAAAUGAACCCUUCCAUCUCGCUACCAAUAGAACUGCGCUCCCUGUCUAUGUUCCUCGACAAUCACUCAAAGAUCUUAAGAAGGCUGGAGCAGACAGUAAGAAGCUUCGUGCUAGCCUGUCAGCUGCCAAGUCUCACUCAAGAGCCUUCAAAAGGAAGCCUGCAGAACUCAAGAGACAAGCUAGUGAUAGUGAAAGCUCAACUGACUCGUCCGACUACGAUAGCGAUUCUUCAGAAGAGGAAGAGAUGCCGGUGCCGGAGACGAGACCGGAAGAUCCCGAUGCUGCUGUUCGGUAUGAUGUCGUCAAAGCUACCUGGCAUCCUUCUUCAUCAUCGCCAAGCUCCGACAACAUCAAGAAGAGCAUGCGUGAGGUUUGGGACGUACUUGACACCAUUCAUAAGCGGUGGCGAGCCGACAGCAAGGCUGUGACGGAAGCGGAGGAACAGAAGAAGAUAGGUGAGCUGCCCGUGCUGAAAAGCCGGGUAACUAGUCAGCGUGACUUGCUCAAGUCUGCGCUUGAAGCUGCGCUUGAGUUUUCCCAUCCUGAUGUGCUCUACCAAUUAGGGCUGAUCAAGCCUUUUUUGUAUCUGUGCUACCAGUUUUUGGCGAACCGAUUCAAAAGCAAAGACUACGAUGGGCCAUUAUCUGCGGUUAUAUACGAGGUGCUCUCGCGAUGCGGUACAUUGACUUCUGAGCUCCUUGAAGAGACUAGGCUUGUAAAGGCGCUUGCAUCUAUGAAGAAACACGCAAAUGACAAGCACAAGGCCUUCAUACAACAAAUCAUAGAUGGUGCUGCUGCCAACUCCAAAAAGGCCAAAGCGAGUCCUCCGCCGAAAGCCGAGCCGACAGAGAACAAGGGCGUCAAGCGACCUGCGACAGAAGCUGCGGGCCGCUCAACGAACGAAAACCCCCUAGCGAAGAAACCCAAGACGCCUGAAGCUCCCGUCAGCGCGGUUAAGAAGGACCCCGCAUCCACUUCGGCUUCGAAGCCCACAACCGCAGGUUCCAAUCAAACAGUACAAAAGCGACCCAGCGAAAAGGCGGCACCAGCACCAGCUCCCGUCAAGACUCGUAUUACUCAGAUCACCAACAAGCCCUCAGGCAUAUUCGCCUCCAUCAACGCAGCGGCCAAGAAGGUGGCCCCUCCACCAGCUGCUACGAAGGCAGCGGCCUCAGCCAAAUCUGCUGCCCCGGCGGCGAAAGAUAAGAAGCCAGUGGCUGCGACGUCCAAACCCGCAUUCUCCUUUGCUCAAACAAUGGCGUCACUUUCAAAGCCAAAGGAGCCAGAAGCGGCGCCUGUUAAAUCCGAGAAGCCAAUUCCAACAGAGACCGAAGAAGAAAAGACAAAGCGUCUGCGGAAAGAAUCCCGAAGACACCUACGCGUCACCUGGCGGCCUGAAACAUCACUGGUGGAAGUCAAGUACUUUGACCAUGAGGCUGACGAUGAAGAGAUGGACGACAAGGAAGACCAUCUCGUUCGUGAUGCUGGUGAUAUUGGCGGAGAAGGACACAUGUUCAAGCAACACAAGGAGCUUGAUCUCGAUGAUGAUGAUGAGGAACUAGAUAUGGAACGACCUUGGCCACCGCCAUCCCAAGUCGAUUUCAGUGUCGUGCCUUACGAGGAACGCCAACGCAACUACAUACCAUAUGGAGGCGGUGAGAAGGUACCGGAGUGCCCUGAAAGAGACGCAAACGUCCAGCGCGAGAACAACACGUUGAUGGUCUACUACUCAAGUCCUGCCGACGUUCCACCUUCACCUCAAGAGCCAUCGGAAGAAGACAACGUUUCUACGGGCACCAUGGUCAACUUUGGUACCCCACCCGACAAGGUUUUGAUGAGAUGUCCACAACCACCAAUGCCAGCAGCUGUACCGGACUUCAGCCAAUUGGAGAACAUCAUCAAAUCGCUCUCGGCAACAAGCCAACCUCCUGCCGCUCCUCCAGUGGCUCCUGUCGAGAACGUUUACACACCACCACCUCCUUCAACAUCUGCUCCAUUCGACCCUGCGGGUCUCCAAAGCAUCCUCGCCUCCAUCAGCAACGGCCAAGCCCCUCCCCAGCCUCCUCCCAUGUCCUUCCCACAACCACCAGCUCAACAAUCAGGCAUGCCCCUGGACAUCGCUGCCCUCAUCGCCAACAUGCAAGCAGCAACAGGGGGUGCACUUCCUCCACCCCCACCCCUCCCAACUGGCUUUCCUCCCUUCCCGUUUGCAUUUCCGCCCCAACCCCAACAACAUGAUUCUGCACCAGCAUGGCCUCCACAGAUGCAGGAUCCGGCUGCAUCCUACCAAUCUCAAAUGCAACCCCAGCAGUACAAUCAGCAGCAACAGACCAAUGGUGGUACUAAGCGACAACGCGAGGACCAGAACGGAGGCAGCAAUGGUAAUAAUGAGAGGAAUCAGGGGAAGAGGCCAAAGAAUCGCGGCGAUCAUAAGCCGCAUAAGGUGUUGCAGUGCAAGUUCUUUGCCAAGGGACAGUGCAACAAGGGGGAGAAUUGUACGUAUAUUCAUGAUCCGAAGAUGAUUGGGCAAUGA